GGGCGGUUGCGGGCGCUCCCCGCCCUCCGCGUUUGGUCGCCGGGUAACGCUCGGUGCGGCGCGGCUCGGCGCGGCUCGGCUCGGCUCGGCUCGGCUCCGCCAUGGCCCAGCCCGGCUCGGCGGUGCCCCGGCGCUUCGAGGAGCUCCUCCUGUACCGCGGCUACGGGCAGCCGCCGGCUCACCCCCGCUUCCGCACGGCCAACCAGAGCUACGGCAGCAGGGCCCCCACGGUGCACGAACUGCCGAGCUCCUUCCACAUCCUCCCGCACAAGUUUUCGGAUCAUCUGGGCAGGAUCGGCAUGUGCAGGAGCGGCGGCCUCAACACGUCCAUGGAGAAGAGUCACUGCACCGGCCCCGACACCUUCAUCACCGCCUGCGAGCACCUGGAUUUCCACCCCAGCUACAACCCCAGCGGCCCCUCGCACUGCAGGGACCAGCCCCUCUAGGCAGCUCCUGUGUGCCCCGGAAAACGCCCACGGCAGCCAACCUUCCUCGGUACCAACGGGACCCACCAGAUUACAGAGGGAUGUUAUUAAGGGUAAUAGGUGGAAGAUUUAAUGUGGUUGUCAGGUAGCUCAUGUGAGGCGUUUUACCAGCAGCAUAGAAAUGCUAGGACAGCAUAAAUUCUGUUUUUAUCCCUUUAUCCCCCUUCUCUGUCAUUAAGAAUCCUUCACACUUUUGCUUUAUGUACUACGUGUCAUUAAAAAUGAAGAUCUAAACUGCC